AUGUAUGUUUCUUGGUUGGCUGCAAGUGGAUUAUUACUUGCUGGAUUGCAAGGUGUUGAAGGUAAGCUGCAUAAGGCAAAGAUAUACAAGAGGGAUUUAGAAGAUAUUAAAGAGUUCUCCUUUGAUGAACGUUUGGCUCAUUUAGGUCAAAAGUAUUUACAUCAAUUUGAGUUGGCUAACCCAGAGGUAUCUUUCUCUAGAGAACACCCUUUUUUCAAGAACGGUGGCCAUAAUAUUCCUUUAUCUAAUUAUUUGAAUGCUCAGUAUUACACAGAUAUCACUUUAGGUACUCCAGCUCAGAGUUUUAAAGUUAUCUUGGAUACCGGUUCUUCCAACUUAUGGGUUCCUAGUGUCGAUUGUAAUUCUUUGGCUUGUUAUUUGCAUGCCAAGUACGACCACAGCGACUCUUCUACUUACAAGAAAAAUGGUACCACUUUUUCCAUCCAAUACGGUUCUGGCUCAAUGGAAGGUUAUAUCUCUCAGGAUGUUUUGCAAAUUGGAGAUUUGGUCAUCCCAGGUCAAGAUUUCGCAGAGGCUACAAGUGAACCAGGUUUGGCUUUCGCCUUUGGUAAAUUCGAUGGUAUUUUGGGUUUGGCCUAUGAUACUAUUGCUGUAAACAGAGUUGUCCCUCCUUUCUACAACGCCAUCAAUAAAAAAUUGGUAGAUGAACCAAUCUUCUCCUUCUACUUGGGGGACGAUACCAAGAGCGAAGAUGGUGGUCAAGUCACUUUUGGUGGUUAUGACAGUUCUUUAUUCACUGGUGAUAUCACAUGGUUACCUGUCCGUCGUAAGGCUUACUGGGAAGUUAAGUUCGAUGCCAUUGCAUUGGGUAAUGAAGUCGCAGACUUGGUUAACCACGGUGCCGCUAUCGACACUGGUACCUCUUUAAUCACUUUGCCUUCUGGUUUGGCUGAAGUUAUCAACUCCCAAAUUGGUGCCAAGAAGAGCUGGAGUGGUCAAUGGAUAGUCGAUUGUAAAACAAGAGACACCCUACCAGACAUGACAUUCACUUUUGACGGAUACAACUUUACCAUCACUCCUUAUGACUACACAUUGGAAGUAUCCGGUUCUUGUAUCUCUGCUAUUACCCCAAUGGAUUUCCCAGCUCCUGUCGGUCCUUUGGCCAUUGUAGGUGACGCUUUCUUGAGAAGAUACUACUCUAUCUACGACGUAGGUAACAACGCAGUCGGUUUAGCAGCUGCCGUUUAA